AUGAAUCAUCCUCUCAGAAAGAAGUUGCUCCUAUUAGUGCUUGUCAUUAUUGGAAGCAGUUUUAUACUCGUUUCACAUGCACUUCCAAUGGGUCAUCCCUCAGAGAACCCCAAACUUCGCCGUCCUCCCAGGACUCUCCUCCCAACUCCUUUCAGCACUCAACAAGAGAAUAAAUGUUGUACCAAAUCGGAUGGAUACUAUGUCUACUGUGCGAGUGGUAGGACUUGUUGUCAACGCACCUACACGGGUGGCUGUCAAAUCGAUAAUUAUGAAUGUUGUGGAAUUGGCUAUACUUGUAGUCUCUACGUUGGAUGUCAAUCAACUUCGACCACCACUAGAAGUGGUGACUUGAGUGAUGGUGCUCUCUAUGGUCUUUCGAUUGGUAUUCCUGUGGGUUUCUUCUUUUUUGUCCUUAUUUUGAGUACUGUUGCUUACUAUAGUUGCAGAUCGAGAUGUUUGGCUGCAGCAGCGGCUGCUUCAAGUUCUCCACCGACCACCACCGUGCCUCCUGUGACCGCAACGACCGUUACAACCACUCCACAACCACCACCCAUGAUGCAACCCAACAGUAAUGCAGAAACAAUAUUACAGAUGCAACGUGAAAUGCAAUUGCAGCAACAACAAUUGCAAAGAAUGUCUAUGAAUAUGGCAGCAACAUCAACUCCCUCCUUGGGUAUGACUCCGUCCAACAUGAAUGUGUGA